AUGAGCGAUAUAUACAUCGUAGACGGUGAGGAACUUAUAUCUAAUCCUGCUAAAGUCAUAAAAGAGGUUCAAGACUUUCUUCACAUUCCAGAGUUUGUUUUACCAGAAAAUAUUCAAAAAGGACCGUCAGGGUUUUCUUGCUUUGCCAAACCUUUAGUAGUGGAAAGAAACGGCGUUUUAGUCGCAGGAACAGCACGUACUUCUUGUAUGACUGGAAAGGGAAGGACUAGAAAAGGAGCAUGGGGUAUCGCGAACCCGGAAUAUAUGGAAAAACUUCGCUUAUUUUUUGCACCAUUCAAUGAAAAACUAUAUAAACUACUCGAUCGUAGAUUUAAUUGGUGA